AUGGGUACUGUGCGGGUGGGACUCCGCUUUUACGCGCCAUGGGUGUGGCGAUGGGACGUCACGGGAAGGCCCGUUAUCCGCUUGCUAUGGGAACUGUAUAAAACCGGUGCCCACGCUCACAUUGGGAAAAAGUUUACUGGAGUUGAUGAGCGGUGUUCUGUAGCGUCUCCCACGGUUCUCCUUUCCUCCUAUUCGGAAACCUCUCCUACUCUGCGCUUGCAAAGGUGGCCAGAGAUAAAGAAGUGUGUGGAGGAUUCUCGCUGUGGGAGGCAGAGCCAGCAUUACUGUAGCCAACUGAUUAUUAUCUCAGCCCAGGCCCAGCACACAGGAUCGUUCCGGUGUCGGUAUAGCCAGCGGACCCGCAAGCAGAGUGCUGUCUACAUCUAUGUCACAGACAGACAGCGGCCAUUUGUGGAGGAGCAGAAUAACAGUCCAGACGUGGUGUAUAAGGAGAGCCAGCCGCUGGUCUUCCCCUGUAGGGUCACCCACCCUGACGCCACCGUGUCAUUGGUCAAGUUCCCUGACCGUGAGUUAACCCCAGACCAGAGGAACAUAGUGUGGAACAGCAGACAAGGCUUCCUCAUCCGCAGUCCCACCUACUUCUACAUCGGCCUGUUCUCCUGCAAGACCUCUGUCAACGGGACCACACACUCCCUCAGUUACCUCACACACAGACAAGUGAAUAAGAUUAUGGAGGUGUAUCUGAACAGUACUAGUCCCGUCCAGACUUUACAGGGGGACAGUCUGGCCAUCAACUGUACUGUCACUGCAGAGUGGAACAGCAGAGUGUCCAUCAGCUGGGACUACCCUGGGCAGGUAAACCGGGCAGCCAUAAUUAGUAGGCGUAUCAUGGCCAGUAAAACUCACAUGGUUUUCUACAGUAUUCUGUCCAUCCCUAAACUCCACCGCUCUGACAGAGGGCUCUAUAUCUGCCGAGUGACCAGUGGACCGGUCAGCCGAGAGACUAACGUGUCAGUCACAGUCUACGACCGUCCGUAUAUCCGUCUGACACCCAGACAAGGGGCUAUAGUGGAGGCUCAUGCAGGACAGAAGUCCUACCGACUCUCGCCCAAACUACGGGCCUUCCCUGCCCCAGAGAUCAUCUGGUUGAAGGAUGGGAAGGUAGCAGCAGAACAGUGUUCCCGUUACCAUGUGGACGGGAAUUCCCUGGUGAUCCGGGAUGUGGCGAAGGAGGAUGCAGGGAAGUACACUAUCCUGGUGGGAAUCCAGGAGCACAGACUCUACCAGAACCUAACGCUCUCUCUGGUGGUCAACGUGAGUCCUGGGAUAGGGGAGAAGGCGGUAUCCUUGCAGGACCCAGGUAGUGUCCUGCAGGGCAGCAGACAAGCCCUGCACUGCAGCUCCCACGGAGUCCCCCCUCCUCACAUCGCCUGGCUCUGGCACCCCUGCCCCCCCAAAGGCCUCUCUGGCGGAACACGGGCCUGAUGCCGCGCCGGAGGAGGCCCAGCGACAGUGGGCCAGGCUGGGCCAGGCUGAUAGGGACCUGGGUCCUCAGGGUAGGGUGUGGGUCUAGAGCCUGUUUCUGGCCUUGGAUCCUUGGACCUGGGUCUGGGGCCUGGAUCCACCCUUAUGUCCUAGGUCUGGGUCCUUGGUGCUGGAUGUGUCCCUGGGUCCAGUCGUGGAUCCUUGGUCUUGUCCUGGGCCCUGGGAACCGCAGCGCUCUUAUCUGGCCCGGGCAGGAGGCUCGCCGGGUUUCCUGUGCGAAAAUCAGAGCGCUUUUCCUCUCCUUGUUUGGCUUCCUCCCCGACGCGAGACGCUUCCCAGCAGCGUGAUUGUCCCUCCGUCUUCAAACGUGGCAGAGUCCUGCUUCCUCAAGGGCUUGAUCUAUUCUUGAGACCCCCUCCCCUCCUCAUUCCCCCCUCCCCUGGCCUUCCCCCCCUCGCCAGCUCUGCCCCUCAUCCCCAAACCUUCGUUUCACUUCAUUAAAAUAUCCCCCCACCACACCACCAUCACCCCCUCCACCACACUCAGCAAGGCUGUUCCCAAGGCAGCCGGCGCCUUCAGACAUUACAGCCACCUAGCGACCCCACAUUGGUGCUCUCUGGGAUCUUGGGGUUGGAGGGCAGGGGGGGGGGGGCAGGACAGUGACCUGGUACACUGUUGAAGAGGAGGAUGAGGAAGAAGAGGAGUGAGAGGUCACACCACACUGAGGACAAUGAUCUGAUCUGCUUUUAAUGGUUAUUAUUCUAUUUAUUUAUUUCCCGUUACCCAGGUUGCAUUUUUACACCCCUUUUCUGGCUUCAUCUUUUUUUUACAUUGUUACUUUUCUCAGACAUUUUGAGCCAGAAAGAAGUGCCCUUCCAUCCAUCCACUAAGCCACGUUUUUCUGGAGCUGCUUUUGCUUCUUGUGUUCCUAGAGUGGUACUAUAAUGGGUACAUGAGCCUGUCCCCAGCCCCGAGCCCUGAGCCCUGCCAUCCUGUUGUAGUUCUGACAUCCACGAAAGCUGUGAGUUCUGACUGUAAAUCAUACACCUUAUAAGUAAGUUGCUACAUCUCAGAUGGGCGAGCGAGAGAGAGAGAGAGAGAGAGAGAGAGAGAGAGAGAGAGAGAGAGAGAGAGAGAGAGAGAGAGAGAGAGAGAGAGAGAGAGAGAGAGAGAGAGAGAGAGAGAGAGAGAGAGAGAGAGAGAGAGAGAGAGAGAUGCCCUACAGUUACUGGAAGAUACUCUGGGACUGCUCAUCAAACACCUACCAUGUAGGAGUUACCCAGGACCCAGAGUCAAUGACAGUCAUAUGUCAUCUUAUGUCAUGUUAUGUCAUUUGUAAGGCGUUUCACUGUAUAUCAACCAUCUGUCAUCAAGAGUGAAUUUAUGUAUUAUUCUGCAAUGUAUUGUGUGGAAAAUAGUUUGUCUUUGCGUGUGAUAUAUGAAGAAUUUAUUUCCAAAAUGCUAAAUAUCAAUUUUCAGAAAUGUUGGUAAAUGAGCUUUUAUUGUUUAAAGUUAUGAAAGAGAUUGGUGUAUUUUUCACUAUCUAAUCAUGACAUGGGGUUGUUCAAUGAAAGACAUGUAUUUGUUUAAAAUCUCUCACUUGAUGGAUUCCUUUCAGAGAAAAAUUGUUUACAUUUCAUUUUUGCAAAAUGCUAAUUAUCCGCCUCACUCUCAGAGAAACAAGUAGUCCUGCUAGGUUUUACACAUUCAAAUGUAACAAAUAACUACAUUUUGAAUAAGAAUAACUGUUCAAAUUAUACAUUUGUGACAUCAAUAUUUUUUUAAAUUAUUUAAAAUGUUUUAUAAAUAUAAUUCAACACAGUAAUAUGAGAUCUAUAUGUAAAACAUUUAACAUUUGAGUCAUUUAGCAGAUGCUCUUAUCCAGAGCGCCUUAGAGUUAGUGCAUUCAUCUUAAGAUAGCUAGGUGAGACAACCACAUAUCACAGUCAAAUAUGCAGGAUACAAACAUUCCAGCGUAACACUUGAUAUAUAGCGGUUUGCAAAAAAAACGUUACAAUUCACAUCUAAAAUCUAUGAAUAAAAAAAAUCUGAAAACAGUUAUAUUUUACACACACAUGAAGGUACCCAUAAGCAAUCAUUUCUGAUGAAAAAACACAAAUGUGAAUAAUUGGUGGAUAUAGUGGUUUGGAAAUAAACUCUUCAUAUGCACAGGAAGCUGUUUUUAUGGUUUGUUUGAGUGUCAUAGUCGUGCAUGUUGGCUUCCAAACCCCUUUCUGGUUCCAUGUCGAAGACUUCUGGGUUUAAUGUAAAACCCUCUGUGGACAGGGUUCUACAUGGAACCCAAAAGGGUUCUACCUGAAACCAAAGGGGUUCUUCAAAGGGUUCUCCUAUUGGAACAGCCAAAGAACCCUUUUAGGUUACAUUGUAAUGUGUGUUGAUGUGUGUGUGUGUGUGUGUGUGUGUGUGUGUGUGUGUGUGUGUGUGUGUGUGUGUGUGUGUGUGUGUGUGUGUGUGUGUGUGUGUGUGUGUGUGUGUGUGUGUGUGUGUGUGUGUGUGUAUGAUGAUCAUGAUGAUGAUGAUGAUGAGAGCAAGCGAGACUUCCACACUGAGUUUAUUCAUUCUACGGGUCUCUCCCUUUGUGAUUCAUUCCAUGUAUACAGAUUUUCUAUGAGUAAUAUAUGAAUCUAAUAUUUAAUAAUUUUAUAUGACUAACUUACUUAUGGUAAUUGCCAAUAAUGGCCAAAUUUGUAUGAAAACUUUUCAUAUGUAUUGUUUUAAAUAUUAUAUUAAAUGUAUGUUUUUUACAUUAAAUGUUGCUUUAAAUUGUG